AUGCGGGCCACCAACUCACAGCCUGCUUACACCACUUACGAAGCCUUGCGGCCGGCGGUCGAUAACUCCAGGAUGGGGCGCAGUUGCGGCCUGCAGAAGCUCGAGGUGGGGAGAGACGGCCCCUCUCCACGCUCUUGGAUUGACGGCGGGGCCGGACCAGAGGGUACACGAAGAGCAGGAAUGCCGCUCGGAGCAAGCCAAAAUGGCCGCCAACAUGAGGCCCAGCAUGUCCCAGACUCUAGUGACCGCAUUGCUCUGAUGGCUGUCUGACCCCCAGCAACAAGUAGGCUUGAUAUGCUCAGGUGUGUGUGUGUCUGUGUCUGUCUGUCUGCUAGUGAGGAAGCUUGUGUCUGUGUGUGUGUGUAUGGACUCAGCAGUCUGUCUGUGUGCAUGUGUGUAUGGACUCAGCAGUCUGCGUGUGUGUGUAUGGACUCAGCAGUCUGUGUGUGUGUGUGGACUCAGCAGUCUGUCUGUGUGUAUGGACUCAGCAGUCUGUGUGUGUGUGUGGACUCAGCAGUCUGUCUGUGUGUAUGGACUCAGCAGUCUGUAUGUGUGUAUGGACUCAGCAGUCUGUGUGUAUGGAUUCAGCAGUCUGUAUGUGUGUAUGGAUUCAGCAGUCUAUAUGUGUGUACGGACUCAGCAGUCUGUAUGUGUAUAUGGACUCAGCUGUGUGUGUGUGGACUCAGCAGUCUGUAUGUGUGUAUGGACUCAGCAGUCUGUGUGUGUGUGUGUGUGUGUGUGUGGACUCAGCAGUCUGUAUGUGUGUACUCAGCUGUCUGUAUGUGUGUAUGGACUCAGCAGUCUGUAUGUGUGUACUCAGCUGUCUGUAUGUGUGUAUGGAUUCAGCAGUCUGUAUGUGUGUAUGGACUCAGUAGUCUGUAUGUGUGUAUGGACUCAGCAGUGUGUGUAUGGAUUCAGCAGUCUGUAUGUGUGUAUGGAUUCAGCAGUCUGUAUCUGUGUAUGGACUCAGUAGUCUGUAUGUGUGUAUGGACUCAGCAGUCUGUGUUUGUGUGUGUGUGUGUGUGUAUGGACUCAGCAGUCUGUGUGUGUGUAUGGACUCAGCAGUCUGUGUGUGUAUGAACUCAGCAGUCUGUAUGUGUGUAUGGACUCAGCAGUCUGUGUGUAUGGACUCAGCAGUCUGUAUGUGUGUAUGGACUCAGCAGUCUGUGUGUGUGUGUAUGGACUCAGCGGUCUGUGUGUAUGUGUGUGUGUGUGUGUGAGUGUGUGGACUCAGCGGUCUGUCUGUGUGUGUAUGGACUCAGCGGUCUGUGUGUGUGUAUGGACUCAGCAGUCUGUGUGUGUGUGUGUGUGUAUGGAUUGAGCAGUCUGUGUGUGUGUGUGUGUGUAUGGACUCAGCAGUCUGUGUGUGUAUGUACUCAGCAGUCUGUGUGUGUGUGGACUCAGCAGUCUGUGUGUCUCUUUGUGUGUAUGUACUCAGCAGUCUGUGUGUGUGUGUGUGUUUGGACUCCGCAGUCUCUGUGUGUGUAUGGACUCAGCAGUCUGUGUGUGUGUGUGUGUAUGUAUGAACUCAGCAGUCUGUGUGUAUGGACUCAGAAGUCUGUGUGUGUGUGUUUGUGGACUCAGCAGUCUGUGUGUCUAUGUGUGUGUGUGUGUGUGUAUGGACUCAGCAGUCUGUGUGUCUAUGUGUGUGUGUAUGGACUCAGCAGUCUGUGUCUGUGUAUGGUCAGCAGUCUGUGUGUCUGUAUGUGUAUGGACUCAUCAGUCUCUGUAUGUAUAAGGACUCAGCAGUCUGUCUGUGUGUGUAUGGACUCAGCAGUCUGUGUGUGUGUAUGGACUCAGCAGUCUCUGUGUGUGUGUGUAUGGAUUGAGCGGUCUGUGUGUGUGUGUGUGUGUAUGGACUCAGUCUGUGUGGGUGUAUGAACUCAGCAGUCUGUGUGUAUGGACUCAGCAGUCUGUGUGUCUAUGUGUGUGUGUGUGUGGACUCAGCAGUCUGUGUGUCUAUGUGUGUGUGUAUGGACUCAGCAGUCUGUGUGUCUGUGUAUGGUCGGCAGUCUGUGUGUCUGUGUGUGUAUGGACUCAUCAGUCUCUGUGUGUAUAAGGACUCAGCAGUCUGUGUGUGUGUGUGUGUGUAUGGACUGUAUCAAGGGAAAUGUGUUUGUUUUUUAAUAAUCCUUGGUGGAAAAUAAUGAAUUCUCCACCAGGGAUUAAAAAAAACAAAAACACACAUUGUGUCGGGGGCGGGGCUUAACAUGUGACAGGGACGGGGUCAAACUGCGGUGAGGGCGGGGUUAAAUGUGCCCCCACUAAAAAUGAAUCCUAGAGAUGCCACUGCGCCUGUGUUCUUCUUACUCCCCCGUGUUCUUCUGACUCCCCCUGUGUUCUUCUUACCCCUCCUCCCUAUGUUUUUCUUACCCCCAUGUUCUUCUUACUCCCCCCUCCCUAUGUUCUUCUUACUCCCCACCUAUGUUCUUUUUACUCCCCCCUCCCCUAUGUUUUUCUUACUCCUCACUCCCCCCUGUUUUUCUUACUCCUCCCCCAUAUUCUUCUUAUUACUUCCCCCUCCCUAUGUUCCUCUUACUCCUCCUCCCAUGUUCUUCUCACUCUCCCCUCCUAUGUUCUUCUUACACACCCCUAUGUUCUUCUUACACCCCCCUAUGUUCUUCUUACAUCCCCAUGUUCUUCUUACUCCCCUAUGUUCUUCUUACUCCUCCCCCAUGUUCUUCUUAUUACUUCCCCUCCCUAUGUUCUUCUUACACCCCAUGUUCUUCUUACUACUCCCUCCCUAUGUUCUUCUUCUCCCCCAUCUUCUUUUACUCUCCAUGUUUUUCUUACACCCCCAUGUUCUUCUUACUCUCCCUCCUAUGUUCUUCUUACUCCCCCUCCCCAUGUUCUUCUUACUCCCUCCAUGUUCUUCUUACUCCCCAUAUGUUCUUCUUACUACUCCCCAGUGUCCUUCUUACCCCCUAUGUUCUUCUUACUACUCCCCCCUCUGUGUUCUUCUUACUCCUCCCCCCUCCCUGUGUCCUUUUUAUUCCCCUUCCCCUCCCUCUGUUCUUCUCACCUCCCCUUCCCUCUGUAGCGUGGGUGGCCGAGCUCCUCUUUGGUCCGUUUCUGUUUCCUGUACCCGGCCGGACUGACAGAAAGUGCACACUGAGUGAGUGUGCACUUCCUAUCAGUCCGGCCGGGUACAGGAGACGGUACAGGAAACGGAUGUUCUUGUACCGCGGACCGAAGAGGAGCUCGGCCACCCACUCUACAGAGGGAAGGGGAGGUGAGGAGAGAGACAGUGCUGCAGCUGCCUCAGGCUCUUUACAGAGUGCUCAGGUGGCUGCAGCAUUAAAAUGGCCGGCGAUGGGGGCGCAGGGCGCCCCCUCCUAUAUGUUGCCCUAGGCAGCUGCCUAGUUCACCUUAUAGGAAGCGCCAGCCCUGCUACAGAGGGAAGGGGAGGUGAGGAGAGAGACAGUGCUGCAGCCUCCUCAGGCUCUUUACAGAGUGCUCAGGUGGCUGCAGCAUUAAAAGAGCCGGCUGCCUAGUUUGCCUUAUAGGAAGCACCGGCCCUGAUUAUAGAUGACACAGUACAUGACGAGAUAGGGUUUCCCAACCUAUACAUUGUGUAUUUGUCUACCCAGGGAUAUACAUCCACUCACUACUGAGCAACGUUAGAUGAUCAAAAUUUACCUUCUAAAAGCAGUUACCUAGUUUGUUUACCUUAGUUAUGCUUUUUCUUUUCUUUUUUUUCUUUUUUAACCCACACAAGUAAGAUAAGCCUUAAUUAAGCUAGUGACCCUCUACUCUUACAAACAGUCAGUUUGUUAAUCCGAAUCAGUAUUUAGUCUGCCUUAUCUUAUAACUGACAUGUUGAUCCAAUUUUUGAUAAAUCUACAAUAUAACAUAAAAUGUGCAAUGUUUUGAUAUGCCAACAAAAGUCUCUUGAUGUUGACCUAAAAGCUGGCAAUAGUUGUUGUGGCAUUGCCUGCCUCUUUGUAUUCUUUGUGCAUGAUAAAAUAAAGAAUUAUAAAAAAUAAAAAAAAAGCUGUGAAAUAACCGUAGAGGAGACAUGUUCCGUUGGACAAAAAUGGUAUUCUUUAAACAUCGAUUAUCGAGACCAAUCAGCCGUUUGAAUAAGGUCUUCCAGUUUACAACCCAAGGUGAAAGCUUUUGAAGUCAUGGCACCUCUAGUAGAAUGUGUACCAUAUACACUACACUGCCUCCCUUGGUAAACUCAUCAACUCCUUUGGAUUCCGUUAUCAUUUCUAUGCGGAUGGCACGCAAAUCUACCUGUCCUCUCCUGAUCUCUCUCCGCCCAUCUUGACUCGUGUCUCUGACUGCCUCUCUUGGAUUUCCACAUGGAUGGCUGAUUACUUCCUUAAACUCAACUUGUCCAAAAUAGAACUUCUGGUCUUUCCUCCCUCAAGUGUUACUACUCCCGUGUCUGUCUCCCUCCAAGUCAACGGCGCUACCAUCACCCCUACCUCGCAGGCUCGUUGCCUGGGUGUUCUUUUUGACUCCAACCUCUCCUUCACCCCUCAUGUCCAAUCAAUUGCCAAAUCCUGUCGCUUCAAUCUCAAAAACAUAGCGCGCAUGCACUCCUAUUUAACCCUUGAUACGGCUAAGGUGCUGGUCCAUGCUCUUGUUCUCUCUCGCCUGGACUACUGCAAUACUCUUCUCAGUGGUUUUACGUGUUCAUAGAUUGCACCGUUGCAAUCUGCAAUGAAUGCAGCGGCAAGGCUCAUUUUCCUGUUUGCUCGCACCUCCCACGUCUCCCCACUGUGUCAGUCCCUACAUUGGCUUCCAGUUAGAUAUAGGGCUCAAUUUAAAAUUCUGGUGCUUGCUUACAAAUCCCUGCAUAAUGCUGCUCCAAUCUACCUAUCCUCCCUAAUACACAAGGGUGCUGCACAAAUUCGAUUUGAUAGCCUAGAGUCGAUUUGAUAGCCUAGACCCAAACAUCCUAACAUGUCUCAAGCAUCGAAAAAAAUGAAACAGGGGUUUUCUAAUCCUAGCCGGAAUGUACUUGGCCACAUGGUUAGAGGGGUACCACUCCGCUAACCUUGGGUUCUGUAGGGCAUUGGGGUCAAACAGGGGUUCCCCUUGUGGAUCGAGGAAAGCAGGGUUCUCCGCAUUCUCUUUAGCAGUAAGUACUGGCCUUGCAGACAAACUGCGGUCAGGAGAUGAAUUAAUGAAUAGAGCCGAUCACAUCGUAGUCGUCAGAAGCCUCUUCAGAAUCGGAAGAAUCAGACAGGGCUUUUGCCCUCUUCCAUGUCCGCACCGCUUUUGCCCAGCGGGUGGCUCUUUUACGUGGGGGCACCACGUCAUAAAUGAUGACAGGAACGUCACCUGUCCGUAUGUACACUUUUGGAGGUGUUUUUGCCCGUGUAGUGGGUCUUUUUAGUUGCCUUACGGCUGCUAGGGAACAACGGCUUAUCAUCAGAGGCCUUAGGGAGUGUCAAACCAGAAGCCUGGUUAGAUGCCAUAAUAGCAUACGAUACGGAGUGGGACAGAUUGUCCGACAUAUCUCCCAUUGCAUUAUACAUGGACUGGGUGACCGAUUUGGUCAUGAUGUUGUCUAAUAGCGAAUAAAACUCCUCCAAGUUCAUCUUCUCCAAUGACGCUUCGUCCUCCCCCUGGUGGGUAGGGUGUAACGGAUCACCUGGCACCCCAACUGGGUACCUCCGUUGAUGGAUGCUCCUAGCACUUCUUGAGGACUCCAAGCACUCUAGCCAACACCACAACCACCGCAGGCCAAACCUCUCUUCCUUCAGAGAAAAGCAAGAACGAGCUCUUAAAAGAGCUUAGGAGUGAUUACAGAAGGGGAAUAUAGAGAGCAUAACAAUCCCUUGUAGCAGAUUCCCCCAAUAAGAGACAGGACUCCAAAUUGAGGGUGAAGUAGAACUGUCUAAAACUUCAUUUUACUUGGGACUAGCCCAUAUAGUCAUUACAUUAACAUUGCUGUGAAAACUCAAUAAAAUUACAAACAGUCAAAUCAUAGCAGGCAACAUACAGUGACUUAUUAUAACAUAAUUACAUAUUUAUAAAUGGGUGGAGAAGACCAUAUUUAACACAAAAUGUCUCUCCUGCAUGCAGAAUUAGCGAUAUGCAAAUCUACCCGAAUAUGCAAAUUACCAGUCUUGCUAUUCAGGUAGUGCAUAUUACUGUUGCUACCAACAGAGGGCACUACACAAGCUCCAUAGCCAAAUCCACCUAGUUGGUAGCAAUCCUCAGCAGUACAGGAGAGUAGGCAAUACAUCCCAGGGGCCAUAGUCACAUGGCAGGAGGCUGGCAAUCAGUCUUCUGCAAUGCCCAGUGGCGAGGCUGGUUCCGCCACAUAGGGGGUCUAUUUGGAAUAGGGGCUAGACGCUGCCUAUUGACAUUCCCAGAGGUGUUAGGAGCAUUAACCUCCAAAUCAGUAGGUGUCUGCACAGUGGCGGAGCCAGAGGGGGGGCAACGGUGCAAUUGCCCCCCCCCCCCGAGAUUCUCCCCUGCCAGCUAAUGCAGGGCUGGCAUUGUUCAAGUGCCAUCCCUGCAAUGUGCCUGCGGACCGGGGAGAGAGAUCAGAGUUCUCCCUCCCCGGUCCGGAGGCACUGUGCUGACAGCCGGCAGGGAGGGAGAGAGAGAGGACCAGGGAGUUCAUCCUGCAGCUCCUCCGGGUCCUACUCUCGCGAGCACGGAGCAUUGCCGCGGUUACCACGGCAACACUCCAAAUCUCGCGAGAGUGAACUCUAGUCCUGGAGCUGCAGAUUAGAGUUCACUGGAACCACCAGGGAUUCCCCACCGGAUCACCAGGAAUCCAGAAAUGUCCCCCUUCCUCCCAGUAAAGGUAAGAAGGGACAUAAUGUAUAUUUAUAUUAUUAAAUAAAAAUAAAAAAAAUUAUUUAAAACAUUAUUUAAAAACCUCCCUACCCUCCUCCCCCCAUGCACACACUGCCCCACACACUGCACACCCAUAGACACAUUGCCCCACACACUGCUACCCCCCCAUAUACACACUACCCCACACAUACAUACAGUGCCCCACACACACACUGCUACCCCCCAUACAAACACUACCCCACACAUAUAUACAGUGCCCCACACACACACUGCUACCCCCCAUACACACACUGCCCCACACAUACAGUGCCCCACACAUACAUACAGUGCUCCCCAUAUACACAUUGCCACCCAUACACACACUGUCACACAUACACACAUUGCCCCCCAUACACACGUACACUGCCCCAUACACACAGUGCCCCCCAUACAUACACUGCCCCACACACAUACGGCGCGCCCCAUACACACACUGCCCCACACACACAUACAGUGCCCCCAUACACACACUGCCCCACACACACAUACAGUGCCCCCAUACACACACUGCCCCAAACACACAUACACUGCAAGCCUCACACACUGCCCCUCUACACACACACACUGCAGCUCUCUCACACACACACUGCCCCACACAUUCACUGCAACCCUGACAUACACUGCCGCCCUCUCACACUCACACACACACACACUGCACCUUUCACACACACAUCACCCCUCACACAUACCACUGCUCCUAUUCCCUAUAUCCCAGCAGACCCCAGGUAAGUUGUCAAACUGUUCUUAAACGGUUUGACUACUUACUCUGGGAUGGGAUCCUGGCACUACUGGUAUCAUAACUACUACACUGAGCUGUAGUGAUUAUUGUGCCUGGAUUUUUUCUUUAAAUAAUCUACAAGUGCCCCUCCCGAGAUCAGGCUCUGGAUCCGCCACUGGGUCUGCAUGGUGACAAUAUGUAGGGCAGCUAGCACUCUUCACACUAGGGAUGAACUAUAGGAAAGGAUCUUGUCAAAGAAGGAGAACUGGGUUGAAAGCAGGGGCUGUCAGGCACAAGACACAAUAAUACAACAAGGUAUACUGGUCAGCUUACUCAGUGUUCCCUCAGGAAUAUCUUUGGAGGAGCAGUGGCAAUGUGCCCUGCCACACAGGCAGCCAAUCAGCUCGCACAAAAGAGCGGCGGAAGCUGAGAUAAAAUGUAAGUGAAUAUCCGCAAAUAACAGGUAACGUUCCCAGAGUAAAAUUUGAUGGUACUUAGCUGAGGCAGCAGCAAAGGAAGAUAAGUGGCUUAGGGUCACAUGGGAGUAUAUGGAAUGUGGACUGCUCUGAUUGGCUAUAUGGUUAACCCUCUGAGGGUACUUGUUUUGUUUUUUUCUAUGAGUAUCUUAAUAUCCUUUCUUUGCUGCUGAGGAAUAAAGAAAGAGAUAAAGCAUAAUAUGAGCCUCUGUGUUCUUUAAUAAAAUCAAUGGGUUUUGUUGAUUUAGUGUGUGAAGGACCCAGAGUGUGUAUGGGAGAUUGUGUGUGUGUGUGUAUAUAGAGGAUUCAGAGUGUAUAUAGGGAUCUAGUGCGUGUAUGUGUGUGUUUGUGUGUAGAUUCGUUGAUCCAGAGUUGGGUAAGGAAUCUAGCAUGUAUCUGGAAUGUAAUGUGUGUAGUAGUGCAGUGUGUGUUUGUGAGGGGUGCUGUAGUAUAUAUAUAUAUAUAUAUAUAUAUAUAUAUAUAUAUAUGCUGUACAUCCAUAUUCAUGGGGUAUGUUGCUAUACAGUGAUGCAACAUCACAUGUAACCAGCAAAAAAUUUCUUCCCAUACACAGUCGUUAAGCAUAUUUAAUACUGCUAUAGUAUCUUUUAUAUAGGAUCUCGUUUUCUGUACCAUAGGUUGAAGUUGUAGAUCUAUAUAAUGGGAUAGUCUACUGGAUAUUGCAUCUAUCCCUGCCACUAUAGGUCUACCUGAUGGAUUGGUGACACUUUUGUGUACUUUGGGUAAGAAAUAAAAAACCGGAACCUUCGGAUGUGGAAUAUUUAUAAACUCAAAUUAUUUUUGACUGAGUACUCCUACAUCUUGACUUUUUUUUAGAUAGUCUCUAAAUUUCACUUGGAUCUCCAGACAUGGAUUCCCUGUCAGUUUUUUAUAAGUUAUUCCUUCUGUUAAAAUCCUCAUGGCUUCCUUAUUAUAAACUUCCUUAGUCAUAAUAGCUAUGCCCCCCCCCCCUUAUCUGCUGGUUUAAUUAUCAACUCUCCAUUACUCUUCAAUUCUAUAAGAGCUUUUUUUUCUUGUAUAUUCAAAUUAUCCUGAAAAUUCUCUUUAAGAUUUAAUUUUUUACAUUCAUUUAGAACCAUAGUGUCAAACAUGAUCAUUUUAUCUGAGAUCAUCUGUUUAGGAAAAAAGUUAGAUUUAUUUUUCAAAUUCGUAUGUCUAAAUUCAUCCUCCAUUUGUAUCUGUCUUUCCAUAGGAUUUUUAAUGAAGAAUUUCUUCAAGCAAAGAUUUAUUUUAAAUUUAUUCAAAUCUAUAUAUAGAUCAAAGGGAUUUAUAUGUUUACUUGGGGCAAUUUUUAACCCUUUCUUAAGGAUCUUUAAUUGGUCCCUAGUUAUAGAGAUAUCGCUAAGGUUAUAAAUUCCCAUCUUACUAAUAUCACCAUUUAGAUCUAUAUCUUCUAAUCUUUUUCUUUCCUUUCUCUCUUGUCUUUCUUUAACUCUCUUGUUUUCUUAGGUUUAAGGAGUAGUCCUUCCUUUGAUCUUCUUUGUGUCUUUCUGGAAGACGACUCCUCCAAAAAUCCUGUUCCUCUUCUCUCUCCCCUAAAAUCUGGUAACGAUUUUGAAUUUCUAAGGGUUCUUGGGCAUAUGGCUGGUAUCUGACUUUAUCUUUCUUAUGAUAGGGACACUCAUAAGUAGAGAUCCUAUCUCUCUCUCCAUAAAGUCUAUUACCUCUUCUCCCUUCAUUUUGUAUAUUUUCUCUCUGGGAUCUAGGGUUAGGCCGAUACUUUUUUUUCACUGACCUCCCAUUCUCUUUUAUCAUUUGUGUUAUACAUCUUCCUCUGGGUCUGUUUUUUUCUCAUAAGGCUCUUUAUGAUUAUUUUGGUGUAAAGAAUGUUUCUUAUAUCUUGAUUCAUAAGUAGGCUGGGAUAUAUAUUGUCUCGGAUUUUUAUAUCUUUCUGUCCCUCUAAAGUUGCCUUCUCCGGAUUGACCUUGAUAUUUAGAAAAGGAUCUUACUUGUUUAUUUUUAUAGUCUCUUAUAUCUCUCAAGUAUUUAUUUCUCUUAAUUUCUACUACCCCUCUCUCUACUUUGUCCAGAUUGUCUUUUAUUUCUUGUGUUAUACAAUCAAAUUCCUCCUGAUUCAAAGCAUUAAGAAUUUCUUCCUGACAUUUAUUAAUUUCCACAUCUAGCUCCUUAAGAUUCUCUCUCUUCCUCCUAAUAAUCAGCUGCAUCGUGGUGAAUGAAAAGCUUUCUAGCAUAUUAUGCCAAUCUUCCAUAAAGCCCAUAUGUUCUUGAUGAAAUGUGGGCAUUUUAAAAUAGCGUAAGCCUCUUGGAGUAAUUUUCUCUCCUAUAUAUUUUUCUAAAGUGGCUAUCUCCCAUUUUAUCUUUAGUUCUUUUUGUAAAUGUUUAUCUAAUUUCUCACUAGUUUUAUUAGGUUCAAUUAUUCUUCUACUAUCUGGUUUCUCUACCCAGUUAGCAAAUUCGAUAGCCAUUUCUUUAUGAAUAUUAUUUCUUUUAUCAAAUAGAGACAUCAAAAGCUGCCUUGUAUAUACAGGAAAGUAAGAAAAUGUACAAAUAAUAAAACUAUAUACUGGCGCUCUAUUAACAAAGUAUAAAAUAAAUGGACAUGUAAUAGCUGCUAUAUCACCACGUGUAGUCUUUCCUCAUACACAAAACAUAAACAAAAUACAUAAAAAAAGGUGUAGCGCUACAUACAGAUAUAGAGUCGUCCAAAGUCUGAAUAUCUGUCACUCCAAAAAAUGGAGACCACAAUUGUGAAAUAGUGUCCUAGAAAAGAAAUUAUAAACUCAUAGUGUGACACUGUAAUCAAAUAUGAAAAAACAAAAGGUCUGAAUGGAACCACUCACAUAUUACUGAGCUAAUAAACCUAGCUCAGGAGUAAAAGCUCCUAGGUCCGUGAAGGCGACUGUGACGGAACGCUGGCACUCCGACUGAGUACCUCCGCCAAUCGAUGCUCCUAGUGCUCGCUGGUUGCUGUACGGGGGAGGGAUCUACCAUCACCUCCUCCUGGAACUCAGGCCGCCGCUGGGGAGAGAGACCGGUUGUCUCUUCCCUCUGUACGGUGCACUGCCUCUGGGAAGGGAGGUCGCUGCUCUCCUCUCCCUGUAACUCACUCUGUCGCUGGAGACGGGGUGUCAAUACCCCCAAACUCCACAGUUGGUACUCGUAGUUCCGUGCGUCUUGGUUCUCAGCACUCAACAGGCGCAUCACUUGAUGGACCACCUCAUCUGAAGGGUUUGGGCCAAACCAGACCAGCCGCGCCUUUACUUCCUUCAUGAAAUCAGCACCCUCAUAGCACUGUGACAGGCGGAUUUGCAAUUCACUGGCUGCUGUCCAGGGUCUUGCUAGCUCCAUGUUGCUGUAGGUAGGGACGCUGCGCAGAGGCUAGCGUUGCCCUCAAUUAUAAAUCCGUAACUCCACACAUUACCGGUGUCUCUGAGCUGCUGGUCCUCGCACUAGGACGCCAUCCCACCGCUGCCACCAAAUGUGACGGAACGCUGGCACUCCGACUGAGUACCUCCGCCAAUCGAUGCUCCUAGUGCUCGCUGAGGACUCCAAGCACUCCAACCGACACUAUCAGCACUGCAGACCCCACUUCCAGCGAUGCAACUGCGCCGGGGUCUCUGCUGUUUCCACCCACCCUGGACCCAAGGCCAGGAUCCAGCUUCCAGUGGGUGAACCUCUCUUUCCCCAGAGAGCAGGAACAGGAACAAAUCAAGCUAUUGAAAGAGCUUCCUCUGGGGAGUAAGUGAUUAUAGCAAUCCCCAGAGUGUAGGUAUCCCUUCCCCCAAACAUGAGCCAAGGCUUAAUGCUGGAACAAGACUGAUUUACUGGCACACAGAACUCACAAUUUAUGCAACACAAAACUCCUCCUCUGGGCCAGGCUAGAUAAUUGAGUUUCUACAAUACACAAAGCUCAAUUAUCUGCUGGCCAGACAUAAUACAGUUUCAUAUAACACACAGGGACCCCAAAACAUGCAAUAACCCCAUAAAAAGUAUAUCCUUGGAACCGGGGGAUCUGGGUGAACCACAUAUCCAAAAUUCACCCAGAUCCGUUCAGUACUUUGGAAAAUACAAUUUAAUGCAGAUUCUGCAGAACAUAUACAGGCUAAAUGAAAAACAAUUACUGUAUAAUGUGUCCCCUGCUGUAUAGUCCAAAACCACUGCACGAUGUCUCUGUGCACCAAAUACUGGCGAGAUGGCACCGUGUUGAAAAGUCCAAACAGUGUCUGUGAGUUAAAAUGGCCGCCAUCCAUUGUUCUCACCAUGUGCUUCUGAUACAGGAAAUGGUGGCCACCCAGUAACUCCACAGUAUGUCCCCAGAUGGUUCUUAAAGGGCCAGCAGCAGCACAACACAAAUCCAUUUUGCCCAAAUCAUGUCUUUAAAGGGCAAUACAUCCCAGGGGCCAUAGUCACAGGGCAAGAGGCGGGCAAGCAGUCCUCUCCAGGCACAAGUGGCGAAGGGCACUUCGUCACAGCGACCUUUCCCCUUCUUUAGUAGACUUCUUUCCCACGCUGUUGUUAGGGCUCAAGCAGAGAGAAUAUAUGGUGCAGUAUGAUAUAGAACCAAUGUCAUAGAGGUAAUAUAAAUGUAUAUACUCACAAAUAUGGAGCCACUCUAUAGGCUCUUUUCCAGUGCGUUAUGUAGUUAAGGACUAUACUCCUAUAUAGCAGGAACCAAUAGCCCAAUGUGAUCAAAUCAAAUAUUUAUUGUAAGAAAAAAAGUAGAUUUAAAAUUCCAAUGGCCAAUUAGAAUCUGUAAAAAUACAAUACAUACACAUAUAUAUAGAAAGGGCAUAAAGGUGGUAUAUAAAAAGUCCCCAGGACGCAUUUCGCCAACUUAAAAUCGGCUUCCUCAGCUGGGUGUAACGUGCAAUACCUUCUUUCUCCUGCUCGGAGACCUGCUAUAUACGUUGUCCAUAAUUGCAGGAACGCCGCUCAGCUGUUCUUUUCGGCGCGCUACUACUGCUUCUAUCUCGGCAGGCACUGUGUGUGUUCCAAGCCUCUUUCUCGUUGCGGUUUACUUCCGCAUAUGUCAUAGUUUUCAUUAACCCCAUCGUAUCAUGUCCUCCUGCUUCAGAACAUCGAGCUUUCCUUAUCGAGUAUUCUCAAGAAUAUAAACAUAUCGCAGAAAUAAAAAAGGAAGUAAGAAAAGGGGCUGUGUAUAGAUAUUCAGAGAUAUAGAGUCUUAAUAAAAUAAUAGAAUAAUAGGCAUAUCUAAUCCUCAAUCUUUUCAAAAUAAAUAAACGGUAUUCUUUCAUUUCUCUACUUUAAAUGAAAAGCAUUUCUUCAAUUAUUUUAUAUACUAUAUCUAUCUGUAUUUCAUCACCAAAACAUCAGUUAUUUUGACCUUCUUGCAAGAAUUUACAUGUGAAGAUACAUUUGUAUAUCUUUACAAAUAUGUCAGUGGUGUAUCCAAAAAGUAUCUUUGUGAGUUUUCAGUGCAAGUGAAUUAGUCUCUCUAAAACAACAUAAUCAAUUACAUUUAAUCACCAUUUUUAUAUAGAUUUUUUUGUUUUUUUAUUUUUUAUAUUUACUUCUUUAUAUGUUGAUUUUAUAUACAUGUCUCACCAAAAAAACUCUAAUUAAUUAAUAUUUAAUCAUAUUUCUAAUCAAUUUCAUUUGAUCCUAUUUCUAUUAUUAUAUAGUACUUUAUUUAUACUUAUUUAUUCUAUAUAAACCAUUAUAUUUAAAUCUAUAGUCAAAGAGUUAGUGUUUUUAUUUGUUUAAAUUUCUAUAGAAAGGAAAUUAAUAUUAUAAUUUAUUCUAAAAAAUUACAGAUUUCGAAAUCGGAAUUGAGUCCAUAGGGGAUAAGAGUAUUUAACUCAAAAAUCCAUUUCAUCUCCUCUUUGCUCAGUUUCUGGUUGAAUCGCCCCCCCUCCAAUCUUUUUCUACUCUAAUUAAUCCUAAAAAAGAACUACCUAACGGGGAUUGAUUGUGGUGGAUUUUAUAAUGGAGAGGUACACUAUGAUUUUCGGCCCCUUUCAUUAUAUUUCUACUGUGUUCUUCUAUCCUAAUGUGGAGUGGUCGAGUAGUUUUACCCACAUAGUUUAAACCGCAAGGGCAUUGUACUACAUAAAUCACAUUAUUUGUAUGACAUGUAAUUACUUCUUUUAUUUCAUAUUCUUUUUUUGUUAUACUCCUAAAACUGGUGAUUUUUCUUUUUCUAUUUCCUGUUCUUUUACAUGCCAGGCACUGGCCGCAACCAAAAAAAACCUUUUCUUGAUUGAGAAAUGUGUUCUGGUUCUUCUUUUUCCUAAUGUGACUAGAUGUUAAAAUAUUACGUAAAUUUUUUACUCCUCUAUGCACAAAUUGAGGUUGUACUGGUAAUAUUUUUUCGAACAAUGGAUCUUCACGAAGAAUAGGCCAAAAUGUAUUUACAAUUUUUCUAAUCCUAAAGUUUUCCGUACUAUAAUUGCAAAUAAAAGGUACUCCUUCUUUGUUAUGUUGUGUGUGGUCUUUAUAUUUUAAAAGAUUAUUUCGUUCUAUUUCUUUAACUUGUAUCCGAGCUUCUUCUAAUUUAGUGUCCUUGUAUCCCUUAUCCAAAAAAUCUAAUUUAAUCUUCAUUGACUGUAAGAUAUAACUCUCCAAAUCUGUGCAAUUUUGCCUAAUGCGAAGAAAUUGACCUUUAGGGGCAUUCUCCAACCAUGGAGUAAAAUGUCAACUUUCCCUUUCUAUGAAACUAUAAGCAUCUACCGCUUUAAAUUUUUUUUCCUCCUUCUAUAAAAAUAGUAAAAUCUAAAAAAGAUAUUUCUUGCUCGCUCCAGGUACUGGUAAGGUUAAUACCCUUACAGCCCACCCACAAUAACUGGUUACUACACCUGGGUAGAGGAGAACUUUGCCCACAUCCAGGUGCCUCACCCUGACUGUGUGGGUGACUGGUAAGCUGACUUGGUGGGUUGCUGAGUGGGCAGAGACCAGCGGUACUCUGCCCUGGUGCCAGCACUACCAUGGGAGUAGUCUGGUUGGAACCUGGUGGCUGGAGGGGGAGACCGACUGUCUCCCCUUUAGAUACACAGCUCAGCUGCCGUAGGAGGAGACCGACUGUCUCCCCUUUGGCUAAACAGCCCUGUCGCUGGGGGGCAGGACCGACCGUCCCUACCCCCUGUGCUGGCAGUGUAGAGACUACGGUCCCAUCUGCACGGUUGUGUGGCUUACUGUCUCCCCUUUGUACAUUAAGCUGCCGCUGGGGAGAGGGGGUAACAAGCUCCUCUCCCAUACAUACUUCCAGCCGCGGGGGAGGGAGACCGACUGUCUCUGCUCCCAAUGCAGAGUCCUGCUGCUGGGGAAAGGAGACUGGGCUCUCUAUUCCCGGUAGGACACUCUGCCGCUGGGCAAUGGAGACUGGGCUCCCAAUUCCCUGCUGUAUCUCCCACUGGGGAAUGGAGACUGGGCUCCCAAUUCCCAAUAACUCAUACUGCCGCUGGGGAAUGGAGACUGGGCUCCCAAUUCCCUGCAAUUCACUCUGCUGCUGGGGGACAGGAGCAACUAUCUCUGUCCCCUGUAACUCAGCCUGCCGCUGGGGAAUGGAGCUUGGGCUCCCAAUUCCCUGCAAUUCACUCUGCUGCUGGGGGACAGGAGCAACUAUCUCUGUCCCCUGUAACUCAGCCUGCCGCUGGGGAAUGGAGCUUGGGCUCCCAAUUCCCUGCAAUUCACUCUGCUGCUGGGGGACAGGAGCAACUAUCUCUGUCCCCUGUAACUCAGCCUGCCGCUGGGGAAUGGAGCUUGGGCUCCCAAUUCCCUGCUGUAUCUCCCGCUGGGGAAUGGAGACUGGGCUCCCAAUUCCCUGCAUGACCGGUGGAGAGACCUCGGUCCCAUCUCCACCAGCCACCUAGGGUUCUUCCCAGUAACACUCUGCAAUAUCUGCCCAGCUGAAUGGGUCUGGAUCUGGGUCUCCACUUCCCUGCUGAGCCUUCUCACUGGAGUGAAACAGAUCUUGGUAGCCCUGCUCCAGCUCCAUCUCUCGGGUCACUAGGUGGACCAGGUCUCAAUCUCAUGAGUGUCGUCCCAGUCAUACCUGCUCUCCCUCCACUCCAAGAGAUCACUGAACCGGGCUUGUGUAGGGCUCCCAAACUGAGGCUCUGAAAAGCCUCCCAUAACAAGCCAAGACCAUCAAACUCCUCUCCCUCUGGCUUGUCAUGCUCGGCUGUCCAGGGCAGGUACUGUGCCCCAUACCACCAGAGCACCUGGUAUGCAUCUUCCAGCCACAUCUCCUGCCAUACCCGGAACUCCAAUUCCUUCACCCAUUCCUCCAGGGGCUGCUCUCCCAGGAAGGGCAUCCACAGGGCUAGUCGCUUCUGCAAUCGCUGGUCUUUCUUGGGGAGUCUCUCACCCCGCUGGUCCUCCACAAUACCCAGUGCCUGGUACCAGAUGCCUUUGCAAACUGCAUCUCGGUCAUCCAUGACACCUUCAUCGUACUCCACUGCUGGUUUCAUCCUGGUGCUGUCAGGGUCGCUGUACUCAGACAUGCGUUGCCCUCAAUUUGUAAAAUCCAAAGAAAUGUUGUCUCCUGUAGCUGUCCUUCUGGCU